CUACACGUGAAAAAUGCGACGCCGGAAUGCCGGCGUAUUUUUUCUAUCCCGCCCGGUGCAUAACAUCGUGGCAUCCGUGCGUCGUGUCAUUUCUACGCAGUGAAGCCGAGCCUAGGAUAAAACCUGUGGCGACCGCGCACACACGUUUGGCUUUUCCUCCGUGUAUGCAUGCAACGUAUGUUUCAUGAAAACGCGCAGCACGUGUGGGUGUAGGUGGUGGUUGUGCGCAACGGACGUAGGAAAAAUAAUACAUAUAUCCGCGUAUAUCGUUUCAUAAUAUCACGUCUAUGAACGGUGAAAUUAUGAUAUCAUCAUCGCUGCGGGACCAGAGCUGAGUCUAAAGAUAGCUUCUCUUUCAUUAAAAUUCCGGCGCGAUCCCCCCCACCCCAUGAAGCAUCCUACAUUCGAUCAUCGAAUCAUUGACUCGAAGUUCAGGAGUACUCGUCGCAUCGAUUCCGCGGCUGAUUUCCGGUUUCGGGUGAAAACCUGAACGGGGUCGCGUGUGAUGACCGAAAAACAUGAGAAUGAAGUUAGUAACGUGUUUGUACGAUGCGCGUUGAGAAAUAAUCGAUACUUCACACCUUUCGGAAUGUCUAAAAUUUAGUAAACAUAUUGGUAAAUUAAAUGUGCUCAUAUUUUGCAAAACCAACUCCUGGAUUUUUUCACUGAUGUUUCAUUACGCUAAUGUUACUAACUUCAGCCUUAUCGAAAAACAAGUGCAAUACGCCGGGUGCAACCGCGAAGGCCACGGAACCAGAUGUGAUGUUGUUUCUUCGGUCAUUGACAUACAAAUCUUGCAUAGAGUCGAACGGAACUUCGGUCUUUUUCUAAAUCGGAAACGCCUUGUUUAUUUGAGAAAUAUGAAUCGUAGAUAAGGAAAAAGUGGCGUCGAUGUUUGUAAAAUGCAUAGGUGGAAGUAGCGAGUUACAAUUAGAGUUCAAAUCGCUGUUGUUAUGUUCUGGAAGCCCGGAACUCGUUUCUCGAGAGAGCUGUACGCGUAAACCACGGACGAUGGAAAAUUACCAAAGAUAGCGAACCCAGCUUCAAUUUUUUCGACAUAUAUUCGGAGGAAGAAGUAAAGCGGUUAUUCGGGAGUUAGAUAAUGCGACGACGCGUUCUCGUCUCAAGAAAUUAGUCAGCGUUCAAUAAAUGUACUUCGAAAGGUUUCGCCGUGCGGCGAGGCGCCGCGCCGCGGAAUGCGAACUGAUACCUGUAAACACACAUGGUGGCCGGUACGGUAGGCGCCAUAGUCACUUGUCCGUUGGAAGUAGUUAAAACACGGCUACAGUCAUCCUCUUCUGGUUUUUACCCACCUUCAGGGCACAAGGAGUUGACAUCCGGCCACGUUACUUGCAAAAGUUUCCCGACGCCCCAGCAAAGGAGGAGACUAUGCACCGGCGGAUAUCCAAGGUACUCCAUGGUGGCUCUGUCUCAUUGCGGUGUCGCUCCUCCUCCUCCACACAGGCCGCCGGGCCUCGUUGCGUGCCUGAGGUUUAUUGUCGAGAACGAGGGCCCACGGGCCCUUUUCAAAGGCCUAGGACCAAACUUGGUCGGCGUCGCACCUUCCAGAGCGAUAUACUUCUGCACAUACUCGCAAAGCAAGUCGUUCUUCAAUUCGGUUUUACCUCCUGACAGCCCGAUAGUUCACGUCUGUUCCGCAUCGGCCGCCGGUUUUGUCGCGUGCACGGCAACGAAUCCAAUUUGGUUCGUUAAGACGAGGUUGCAGCUGGAUCACCAUACGAAUCGAAUAACCGCGUGGAAAUGCGUUCAAACGAUAUAUCAGCAAUCGGGAUUGAUCGGCUUCUACAAGGGAAUCACCGCCUCUUAUAUGGGCAUUAGCGAGACCGUUGUACACUUCGUUAUUUACGAGGCCGUCAAAACCUGGCUGACGACGCAUCGGACUCGAUCAGGAAAUUUCGACGCCAACUCGAAGACGUCGCGAGACUUUCUUGAGUUCAUGGCUGCCGGAGCAUUUUCUAAAACCAUCGCUUCCUGUAUCGCAUAUCCGCAUGAGGUGGCGAGAACACGUCUUCGAGAGGAAGGUACAAAGUACAGAACAUUCUGGCAGACAUUGUCUACGGUGUGCGCGGAGGAAGGUCCCAGAGGAAUGUACAGGGGUUUGGCGACUCAGCUAGUGCGACAAAUUCCAAACACAGCCAUAAUGAUGGCAACGUAUGAAGCGGUGGUCUACGUGUUGACUCGUCAGUUCCAGGCACCUUCGGCCCCUUCAUCUACGACCCAAUUCUACGCGGAAGCGAAGACUAAGAGAGAGCUUGCCUAGGAGUUGCUGGUUACCCCCGACUAAUCCUGAAACAGGAGUGACGGGGGCUUGCGUUUUGACCGUCAAAAUCCGCGGCGACUUGUUUCGAAUUUACGAAAAAAUUUCGGUUCGAAAAUGACGUCGCAGAAAUAUAGGGCUGAUAUUUAGCUCCGGGUUCAUGUCGCGUGGCCAUUCAUGUGCGUAGCCUAGAUGGAGCUAGAUAUCCGGUGAGAUGAGGUGUAAAAGUGAGAUUAAUCGACAGAGAACUCGAACCGCAGACACAAACACCUAAUGUAUAAUGUAAUGAAUAUUGAAAGAAAUUUUUUAUACGAUUAACAUUAUACAUCCAUUUCGCUGAAUUACUGUUGAGAGAGAGAGAGAGAGAGAGAAAGAGAGUAUGUAAAAUAAUGUAUAAAUUAUGGUAUGUAUACCAACCAAACUUAUUUCCACUAGUCAAUUUUCAUCUCAUUUUCUAUUCGAAUGCUUUGUUCUUUUCCUAUUUUUUCGUACCUUUGUGACAAUCGUUCAACGAGUCAUGAAAUAUACGAUGAUCAUGGUAGAUCUGCAAAUAUUUAACAAAAUACAAUUCACUUUAUUCAAAGUAUAUACAAUAUUUCUUAACGUAGAGAAAAUGGCAGUUUCUCUACUUCGUUUCGAUGAAUGUUGCUACGUUGGAUAGAAAAUAAUAACAUCGGAGUUUAUUAAGUUGUACGAAAACAAAGGAAAGACAGGAAAUGAGUUGUUGUUUUUUUGUAUAUAUAUAUAAAUAUGUAUAUAUAUGAAAUUAUGAAUUUUUACUCAACUUUCUCCCUCAGUUUAAUGCAAAUUGUGUCACGGCAACUCUGUCGCAAAGUAAAUAGAUUCCUUAACUAGGCUGUUAUAGGUAAAAGGAAAAUUAUUACAUGGGUCUCAAGUUACAAAGUGUCGCAACUGACUGUAUAUGAGAAUAAAUUCAAUUUGAAAAUGUUUAUUACAGGCGGUUAUAGAAGGGAAAAAAUCUGCACUGACUUAGCGAGCUAGAAGCAAUUAAUAUUUUCUAUACAGAUUACUUUUUUCUCUUUCCCGCUAAAAUUAGAUCUUCACUUUACUUUUCUUCGGUUGUUUAUAUACUUUGAACCCUUGACUCUAUAAAUUUGGAUUUGAUUCGAGACUGUUUUUGGGCACAACUUGAUAACUCUUGAGUUCCCCGUUGACGGUUUCUAAAUAGAAAGCUACCAACGUAUGGAUCUCCGUUUGUAAAUAAAAUCGAAUAAUUUGUAACGUAGACUUGUAAUGAUUAUAAAAAUUAUAUCCUGUUAUAGUCUGUGUAAUCGUGAAACGAGAAACACAAUAAACUAGAAAAAGAAAAAAAAAAAAGUUAAAUACAAUAUCGAUAAGUAUACUUUGUGUACAUACAACGUGUACAUAUACCCACCAUACAGCAUGCAUCUGCGGCGAAAAAUAUAUUCUGCAAAAACUGAUGUACGGCGACUCGGGGAGAAAAA